AUGCAGACCACGGAUCGAAGCUUCGCUCGUCUCUCUGAACAUCAGCAAACACUCAAAUCAAGCCCCUCAACCGUCAACAUGCAGACAGCUCUCUUCCUCCUCGCCACCGCUGGCUCCCUUGCCUCCGCCGGGACCAUCAAGUACAAGAACGAGCCGCAUCUCACCAUCACCCUCUUCAACGAGCAGGACUGCAUUGCCAAGGUCGAGCCGAUUGACAUCAAUCACACCCACCAUGUCGGCAAGUGCUGGACCAAGGACGUCGGGUUCCACAGUCUCAAGUACACCAUCGACCCGAAGCACAGCCAUAUGUCUGGCCGCACUUGCCAUGUCGACAUCUGGCAAGGUCCGAAGUGCCAGGGCCCGGCACAGAAGGGCGGCGACAUCUUGCUCGAAGUCGGCUCCUGCCGCAACACCGACCACGGCCUUCCGGCUGACAAGUCCGGUCUAGCGCACAGUUACAUGGUCAUGUGCGACGAAACCAACCCCCCCGAGCCUGAAGUCGAGCUGGAGCUGAAAACCAUCGUCUUCACGAUGACCAAGACCAAGCGCGAUCUGGAGACACCGGCGCCUGCCCUGGCUCAGAGGGAUGACGAUUUCGACGCCUCCGGCGCAGCCAAGACGGGGAUCAACAAGGGGUGGCACUGGGUCGCUGACCCCGUCUCUAACUUUUUCGAUCAUGAUCGCCGUGACGCUCCCGCUCCCACUCCCACUCCCGCGGCGGAGCCCACCAUCGACGCGACCGUCGGCGAAGGCGGCGUCGAGGUGGUCUAUAUCAGCGCUGAGGUGGCUCCGAGCGCAACCAAGAUCGUCGCUUUCAGCUCCGAGGAUGGGUACGAACACGUUUACCUCCAGGGCGUACCGGCCGACUUCCUCAACGACGAGUAG